AGUUACUUUUUACAUUCAGUGUUUUAUACUUUAUUCUCAAUCUCCCUACUUGUAUUCUUAAAAGGAAAAUAAAAUAUUCACGUAGAUUAAAAAAAAAAUUAUUAUUCUAAACAUGACGAUCGAUUUUUAUUAUUUUGAUCCAAGUCCACCAUGCCGGACAGUUAUGAUGCUCGCUAAAGCAUUAGGUGUCCAUUUUAAUUAUAUUAAAGUGAAUCCCCUCGAGGGCGAUCAUAUGAAACCAGAAUUUGUUAAGAUCAACCCACAACGUGUUAUACCUACGAUCGAUGAUAAUGGUCUUAUUUUGUGCGAAAGCCGAGCAAUUCUAGGAUAUCUGGUAAACAAAUACGCCAAAAAUGAUCAUUUUUAUCCGAAAGAUCCUCAAAAGAAGGGCAUUAUAGAUCAAAGAUUAUUUUUUGAUAUUGGUACACUUUAUGACCUUUUUUUUAAAUGCUAUGGUUUUGUGGCAUUUGGAAUGAUAGAAGCUGCUAAAGAAGAAGAUGUUCAGGCUCUUGAAAGAGCUUUCGAAAUUUUGAAUGUUUAUUUUGAAGAUAGUCAAUACGUUGCUGGCGAUGAAAUAACAAUUGCUGACUUUACUAUAAUUACUUCUGUCUGUUCCAUGGUUGAAUGCGGUUUCGACAUCAGUGUAUAUGAGAAUGUGAAUGACUGGUACGAGCGGUGCAGUAAGGACUUUGAAAAAUUUGGAUUUAAGGAUAUAAACUUGACUGGUGCGCGAUUUAUUGCGGGACUAUACAAAUCACGUGUGACAAGAUCAAACCAGUUAGUUGGCCUUGUUUCUGCUACUCGACCGUCGUACCUGUUGGUUGCGUUUGUCGUUCUUAAAUUCUCAGAUUUACAAAUGCCGCUAGAUUUGUAUCAAACAAUCUACAGCACACCAUGUCGGGCAGUCCGAUUGGUUGCAGCAGCCCUUGGAGUGGAUUUGAACUUAAAAAUUUGCGAUAUCAGAAAAGGGGAUCAAUUUAAACCCGAAUUUAUCAAGAUGAAUCCUCAACAUACAAUCCCAACAAUGGACGAUAAUGGUUUAUAUUUGUCGGAGAGCCGAGCCAUCAUGACAUAUUUAGCAGACCAGUAUGGUAAGGACGAUUCUCUUUAUCCCAAGGAUCCAAAAAAACGUGCCUUCGUUGAUCAAAGAUUAUAUUUCGACAUGGGCUUCUAUCAAUUAUUUAAAACUUACUACCGCCCAACUAUUUUUGAAAAUAAAUCUAAGGACACAAUAGAUUUUGAAAAACUUGACACAGCUUUUGGAUUUCUGGAAAAAUUUCUCGAGGGUGAGAAUUACGUGGCUGGUAAAAAUCUGACAAUCGCUGAUCUUGCUCUAGUAUGCAGUGUUUCAACUUUUGAGGCAAUGGAAUACGACUUCAGCAAUUUCAUGAACAUCAAACAGUGGUAUCUCAAGAUUAAAAAAGAAGCCCCAAAAUAUGAAGAGAUUGUUGAAGAAGGUGUCAUGGAAUUUAAAGAAAUGGUUGCUUCCAUGAAAAAAUAA